UCUUUUCAUACCUACAGUUCAUCAAGCACACACACUCGGCCUCCCCUGAAUGCUUCACUGGCAUUCGGCUGCCAAGAGACGGUCACCAUCUUUUUUUGGGUGACUACCUACAGUCACCCAAAAGGGAAUACAGAUGCUGCAACACUACUGAGACACCAGACAAAUGGAAGACAUACUGUAUUGGCUUGAGUUCAUCAUUGGGUAGAUGACGAUGGGAUAGAGGGUGGCACCAAUGAAGCCAAUCAGACCACCCAAGAAAAGGCUGUACCGCCACCCUCGAAGAAUAGUCAUGAUCUGUGGAGAAAAGGACCAGUGUUACCAAGGUUUCUCCAGUGCGGCAAAGUGGCCAACAUGCCAACUGUCAGUAUGCUUUGUUCUAUCAAGUAUUCGAAUUUAGAGGGGGAAGAAGCUGCUGCCUUGCCAACUCAACUUUCCACCACACACUCGCAUUGGAACAGCUGCAGUAGGUGGCGGCCUCCGGAGAGUGUGUCAGGGCCCUGGGGACAUGACAAGGGUCAUUGUGAUGACUUCCUUGGCUGAAGCUCGCACCACCACCAUCACCACCACCUGAAGGGACUGUUGCCUAGCCACCACCGGGCUUAGAGCCUCGUGUGGGCGCUUCAUCCCCUGGGACCGGAUUACCCUUCCAUUGUUGUUCCCCGUGGGUGAUCCUCCUGCAGGCACAAUGGGGAGGCAAUGUCCUGCCCUCCAUACGGUGCUGCUUCUGGCGUCGGCCUUAGCGAGUGAGGGGCUUCGUCUGCGAGAGUCCGUCAUUCCGCCUUACAAACUCCGCGGGGAGACGGUGGAGCUGCGGUGUGACUACGAGCCCGGCAACUCUUCCAUCUACUCCGUGAAGUGGUUCAAGGAUGACGAGGAGUUCUACCGCUACGUUCCCCGAGACACGCCGCCCUACCACAUCUUCCCGAGAGGCGGCGUGACUCUGGACGAGGAGAACUCGCAACCGGGCCGUCUGGUUCUGAAGCAGGUUGGGUUCAAUACUUCGGGGCAGUACAGGUGUGAGGUGUCGGCGGAGGGUCCCGACUUCAACACGGUGACUGGGCGAGGGAGUCUCCUAGUAAUUGAGCCGCCGACCUCCGGCCCGGUCAUCACUGGAGGCAAAUCGAGGUACCACGUGAAUGACACCGUGGACCUCGUGUGCACCUCCAGCCCCUCCCGCCCCCCCACCCAUCUGUCCUGGCGCAUCAACGGCAGGCAGGCACCACAGAAUAUAGUGUCGAGGGAACGGCCCUACAUGUCCAAAGAUGGCCUCCUGACGCAGAUCUCCCGGCUGGUUUUCGUGGCGCGCCCUUACCAUUUCCAGAGAGGCGUGCUGAGGGUGAAGUGUGUGGCGGAGAUCGGAGCGGAGAGACUAACGCACCACACCACCAUCCCGGAGACCUUCAGGGCGUGGGAGAGGUCCUUCCAGGCCAGCGCGGGCACCAGAAUCGUGUCCUGCCCUGACCCAGUGUUCCUCUUCAUGACAUUCUCCCUCUUCCUCCUCUCCACCUCCACUACCUCCACCUCCACCAUGAGAUGAGGUCCAACCGCCCACUGAGACGGUUUCCCACCUCCUACGCCCACGCCCACACCCGCCCCCAAGCCCGCGCCUCCCAUCAGGGCCCGGUCGUCCUCACAGCAUCGCCCGCAGACACCCUCCUCUUGUAUAGAAAACUUCGCACGCAACAAAACACGAACUGAAGGCGUUUCGUUCAGGCUUCGAAGUAUGUCUGGGUUGAUGCCUUCCUCGCUCUUCCCUCCUCCGUGAAAGAGAAAGAAAUCACCGCCAGCAUAUCCCGAAGAGCUUUCAUUCCGCCUCUGAUGUGAGUGAGUCGUACGCAGUCAAUGUGCAGGUGUAUGUGUAGUGGAGGACAUUCUGAGGGUGUUGUUUGUAAGUCAGGUGUGCUUCAAGAAGAAAAAAAAAAUGUUCUCGUCGGAUGUGUUACAGCUACGGUGUGCGUCUGUGCAAAUAAGGAAGGAAAGAAAAGUGAUGCUACGUUUGUGUUGACGCCAUUGUCUUGUAAUUUAUUAAGUGACAAAAAAAAAAGUAAUUCCACAAAAAUUUAAAUAUCCUUCCCUUUAUUUAUUUAGACGCUGUUCUUCAUACUCCAGUUUUAACCUCCAGUGUUUUCCAAUGAAAGUGCAUUUUUCUCUUGAAAUUCUACACGGAAAAUAACUCAUAUACAAUAAUUGCUCAAAAGACCUUGAAAAAAAGACCCGCAUUCGCAUGGCAGUGUGCACUGUUGCCGCCAGAGGGAAAGAGUGAGUGCGGCAGCGCAUUGUGCGGAUUAUGUGGAGAAAUAAUUAAAUAUCCCACAGCAUGGUAGUGUGGUGAGUUCUUAGUGAUGACUCUAUGGCGGUCCUGUGCCUGACUGCCGGUGCUGCUUCAGGAAAAGGAGCAGUGAAUGCAUUCCAUGUGACCGAGGCAAUAAUAGGAAUACGUUUGUUACUCGUGUGUCUAGGGGUCUGUGCCGCACACCUGUGAUGACUUGAUGACUGAAGACGUUGCGGAGAAUAGAAAAGUUGUCAGUAUAUAUUUCAGUGACUUAAGCAACGUCUGUCAUAGGUGUCCAAGAAUCUGUGCUACACCUUUGUGAUGAUGGAAGAGGACAAUGCUGAUGGAUUAAAAAAUUAAAAAUACGUGUCAAAAAACUGCUUAAUGCUGCCUCGUGAUAUUGGUAAAUGUGCCAGAGUGUGAUAUUGGUUCUGCUUAACAUAAUGAGGACUGUGCGUGCAUUUCGAUGCUGACUAGUUACUGACAGAUAUAAGAAACAAGAUCAUUUGGGCCUGUGUGAGGAAUAAGUACGUAAGCUGACCAUAUCAUGACGAGUUACUAUGAGGAGUAAACGUGAGGAAGGAAUUCUGCCCGAGCCAUGGUAGUGUAUGAUACUGUCGCUUGCGUAUGGUAGUGUUUUUACGAUACUUAGUGUAUGCUGUGCUUUCUCUCCGCCUGUCCUUCGUCUCUCCUAACCAUUCCUCUGAUUUACUGCGACUGUAACACACCCACUGUCACAUAAAAGGAAAUAUUUUGAAAAGACGAAUAAGAGAAAAAACGGUAUGGUCCAAUAAAAAAUAUACUCGGGAAGCUCCCCCUUCUAAAAAACAAAAAAAAAAUACAUACAGGAUAUUGAAAAGCUUAAAGAUGAAAAAAAUAUUCAUAGGCUUUGGAAUAGCUGGUAUUGCAGACAGCAGUAACCCAGUGCCAAUACUUCUACGCUGACGAUUGCAGUACCCAGUGUAUCUCUAAACCUGCUUACAGCUGUCCCUGUGCAAGGCGUCAAUACACGAGUGCUGUCUGAAGGGUGCUAUCUCAUACUCACACCUCAGGAAAACCCCAAGUAGUCAUUAGAGGAAUAUUACUCAAGAUUAUUCAUCUAACCAUCCGGAACCACAGUCUAUAACGAGUUUUCUCCCUUUUUUAUAUGCAGUUGAGUACAAAUUAUCAAAGCAAAGGCUGUUAUUGGUUACACAGACCUGAGGUAUUUACGUAAGUGAAGUCAAAAGGAAAAUAUUAUAUAAAAACACAGUGGUCUGAAUUUUUUUCAAACGAAUUUGUCAUAUCAUCCACGCAGCUACAGCGAAAAUUGAUUAGAAGUUACCCUUUACAUCAAAAGUUACCGUUCAAUCGUUUUUGAUGCAAUUAAGGAAACCUUAAAUACAGCAACAACCACUAACGCACCACACGAGGGGACUUCAUCAAACCCUUAAGAACUAGCGGCAGUUGUUUCCUAUGUAGUGCUCCUGUUCAAUUAUAAAAUAAUAAUAAUAAUAAUAAUAAAAUAAAUAAGCAAAGCAACGACUGCGUCCACACCAGAAAUAGAUUGAUAGAUACUACAACAAUACUGUACUCUUACGUAAAUUUAACUAGAUCAUUGAUUUUUACAUCCAAGAUAAUGCUUUAUCACAAUACUACCAAAUUAUAUAGAGAAUCAUUAAUCGAUUAUAUUAAUUCUGGCACACGCGAGAACAUACGUGUAUGAAGAGGAGCUAACCUGACCACAUCACGAAACUACAACACGCUAUUGACUACAGUGUCAUUGUUGCCUCCUUCCUACCUGCCCCGCAUCAACACGAGAAAAGUAUCAGGGAAACUCAGUGAUUGACCACACAAGACUACAGCCUGCCAUUAACUACGCAGUUUUAUUUUUGUCUCCUCCCUAACUUCGCUGUAUCAAGACGAAAAAUAGACUGUUUUUUUUCUUUCUUUUUUUUUCUUUUAUUCAAGGAAGCAAUUCGUCAAUAUAUUGAGCUGCUCUUGAUGCGCUGUGUAAAUAAUGGCCAGGUAUCGUGAGUAAUAAAGAGUACACGAGUUUAAUUACGUUAUGACCAUCAAAAUCAAUGCUCUCCUGGAAGCCUAUAGAAGGUGGGUGAAAAAUAACUAUUAUGUAGAAUUCUUCAAUACUCCUUGGAAUUUAGGGAGGUGAGGGAAGGUGUAAGAAUUUGAGGAGUGGGGAGGAAUGUGGAGGCAGAGGCUCUUGAGGCGGGGAUGGGAUGGGGGUGAAAGAGGGGGAGUCUAGUCAUGAUAACAGGUGUGUGCAGAGUGCGCCACGCCAGGUAACAAAGGUACUCCCGCUAACAAGGGACUCGAGGAAGGUGUCAACAAAGCCCUCCACAGCAAUAAACACUUCGGCUGAACGGAAUUUCGUUAACUUAUUUAACAGUCAAACAUGAAGCAUCGUCUUUUAUUUUCUGUGUCUGUCUAUAUCGUUAACUCAACGUCAUCUUUAGUCAGAUUUUGAUAAUUGUAUUUUUUUAUCUAUUUAUCUAUUCAUUUAUUUAUAAAUCCAUUCACUUUUCGACCAGUCUGUAUUAAUUACUCAACUUCAUCAGUCAGUAGUCAUUGCAUUGUUUUUUUUUUAUCCACACUCAUUAACUUUAUGAACAUGAGAGAUUAAUUUACUUGUGUAUUAUCUACCACCUAUCAAUCCAUCUAUAGUGCUCACUCAACGCCCUUGUCAAUCAGCAGUUGUUUCAUCCUUUUUCCCUUUUUCUCAGUCUUCUCGUCAGUCAGCGGUCGUGCCAUUCUUUCCCCACCCUCCACACUUUUUUUUUCUUUUUUUUUUUUUUUUUACACCGCCACUCGAUCCCUUCAAGAACAUGAGCGACAGAAACACAGCGCUGGAAAAGACCACGUCGCCACCAGUCGGGCUCUGAGUCUGACUCGCAAAAACAAAGCCUCAGUGGUUCUGUCAGGCAUUUGAACUGUACAGUGUUGCCCCGGUGUGUGUGUGUGUGUGUGUGUGUGUGUGUGUGUAGUUACUGUGUCGAAAGGUGGCGUGAUGUUCAUUCGCGAAUCAUUAUUUUGGGUGAGCGGGUCUUAAUUAUGAUGACCACUAAUACAGGUAAGGGGGGAGCGCCAAUGUUACCUGCUAAUUAAGAAAGAUAAGCACACAGGAAGGGAGGAGGAGGCAGCCCCAAUAACAUCCUACAUAAUUGUCGCAAAUUGGUAUUGAGCUGCGGCUAUUAGCGCAGCAAUCACUGGGAGGGGUAAUAAGCAAUACAUCAUUAUAGCGCAAUAGAUUGUUUUUAACAGGUAAAUGUGUGUUAAUUUGUGUACAGUGUCGUGAGUCGUGACGGAACCAUUACUCUUAAUUAUUAAUGGAUACUCACCGCUACUUACAAGCCAUCCACUAAGUACAUUUCACGUGAUAUAGACUUCAUUCAUUAUUUACCCAAUUGUCCUGCGCUGUCAAGGGAGGGAGGGAAAUCCUGUCUGGUUUGAGCAAGUUGGUUGAUGGGUGUUUGCAGUCGGCGGGAAAGAAUGAAAUCAGGGAGGAAAAAGACACGUGUUAACUUGACUUAACUUUGGCCAGUUGGGGAACAGCUUUAGCACCUCACUGGAAACUGCCUUCCAAACCCCGCUGGGACGAGGAGGAAGAGCAAGACGGGGAAAGAAACGAAGGAGGAAGAAUGGAAGGAAUCAGAGGAAGAGGAAGAACAGGAAUAAACAGUAAAGAAGAAUGAAGUGAAAAGAGAAGAAGAAACGUAUGUGGAAGAAUAGGAGAGGAAAGAAGCGGAUGAGGAGGAGGAAGAGGUGAAAUGCGGGGAAAGGAGAGAGAAGAAAAAAAUGAAGGAGGAAGAGAUGAAAAGGAAGAGAGGAAAGAAAACGAGAGAUAGAGUAAGAGGAAGCAUGAGAAGAAACGGAGGAGGAAGACGAGGAAGAAUCUGAGAAAGAGAAGGAGGUGAAAUAAAAAAUAAAUAAAUAAAUAAAAGGGCUUAAAGUAAAAAAUCAGAGAAAGAAACUGAAAGAAAAUAUUUAACGUUCCCACCGUCAAGCUCCAAGUUCAGGUUUUUUUUUUAUGAUUUUUUUAUUCAUUGGGUGUUGCAUAUUUUCUUGGCGGGUUCCCAGCAUCACAUUGUCGUCGGAACCCUCACUCCCACGCUCCCUGAAGGUCUUAAGGCUGGGAGGCGGUAAGGACACUGAGGAGGAUACGGAACAUAAUAUUACGACCUGAGAGCGUUCGGUGAGCCAUCGUAUGACUACAUUAACUUGCUUACUUAGACAAAAUCUCUCUCUCUCUCUCUCUCUCUCUCUCUCUCUCUCUCUCUCUCUCUCUCUCUCUCUCUCUCUCAGUCAUGCACGGACGAACAAUGGUUUAAAUAAGCAACAAAAUGACCACCUGUUGACUGACUUGAUUGAUUACUUAGCCAGAAUGCGCAUACAGGCGUCACGUGUAUUAUCUUACCCUUAUGUUAUCUUUCUUUUUCAUCUUUAGUCAUGCAGUGAAGCGAAUGACCAAGUCUACGUAUUGCUACACGGAAAAGGAAUACUCUGACACACACACACACACACACACACACACACACACAAUAUCCACCACCACCUCUUCCUGUUAUUUUCUUGGUGUUUGUGAGUCUCAAAUCAACUCUGUGAUCAUUCCAAGCAUAUCAGCCAUGUGACAGAGACAGGCCUAUUGUCAGCGAUUGCCAGCACAGGUCUCUAGGUAGAGUCUCUUCCCCCACCACACCUUCCCUCAGCCUGUUUGCUUGCUCUGACCUCCACUGACCUUUGACUUCCUUCGCCGAGAGGGUCAUACAUCUCAGAAACUCAUCAAUUAUUCGUAUGAAGUAUCGUCCACGUGUUUCUCUGCCAAGUAUUUUUCUCAGUGAUCUCAUUCACUUGAUUCUACUUCCUGGUCUUGAUAUUGGUUUUGCUUUACGUCUUCCUUAGUACCUUCUCUUGAGACUGACUAGUUAUUCCUUAUAUAAAAGACAUGAUAUUAAUAUUCUUGUGAGUCAGUUGAGCGAAAUCUUAUAUUUGGUGAUGGUUUUGUAAAUUACUGAUGGCUUGCCUUUUUCAUGAUAUAGCCUUGUUUAGAUACAUGAAAUUGUUACAUACAUUAACUCGUAUUUUUCCUCUAUACGAAGUCUCUGUCUCUAUCUCUCUCUGCUUCUGUGUGAACGACGUAACGCCAGAAUGUGUUGGCCGACAGUCAUUCUUUGUAUAUACUAUUGUCCGUUGAACGCAGAUUUGUGCAUUACUGUCUGUAAAUUCCUGUAUCAUAUCGCCGAUGCGUAUUGUGCCAAAUGUCCUAAGUAUGGUGUAGGUAGAAUAGCGAGGCUCACCUUGGAGGCUACACCACUCGGCCUCCUAAUCUCAGCUAACUCUUCCUGCUGCUGCUAAUACUACUGUUCCUGCUCCUGCUCCUGUUGAAAACGGAGCGUUAUGGUGGCAGUCCGGCACAGCAUUUCACUGCAUCUCACCACAUCAGUCAUCGUUCCACUUAGUAACGGUCCACUCUUCGACUUUGGUUACAUUAAUGAUAAACCAAUUAUCCUGUUGCAUAUGCCGCCUCCAUUACACCGCCACCACUUCAGGGCCGUUGGUGCUCUCUCCGCCCUGCUUCUCACAUCAUCUGUUUUCACUUCCCUGGCCGCCGCUCCGCAUCACCAGCACAUCAUCCAUACCGCAGCAUCAUGUCACCCACUGUCCACUUCUAUACCUUUCGUAGUUACAUGAUUCACUGCUGUAAUAACAAUAUUCACACCACUGACACCAAUAUUGCAGUCCCACACCUCACGAAACUGUACUACAGCAUCACACCACGGACACUGCUUUACCAUACCACUUCACAAUACCAGUAUCAUACCACCAUAAUACAGUAUAACGCCACUCACACCACCACAUACCACUCUCAGCGUCGCUUCGUACCACCAUCACAGACACACCAUUCACAUCAGCGUCAUUACACACACUGACAUCACGUAUUACCAGCGCCACCCUUGCAGUCUUUCUUCGCAACACUAACACACUGCAACACACCACAAAGCGCUGCCACAUACCUGCCACUGGAAAAUGAAAAUACUCUUUUUUUUUUUUUUCCCCUUGAACGAUCGUAAUAUUCAACGAGAAAAAAAUUCGAAGCUGUUCUGUUGUGAUAUACGGAAACGACACCGCUAAAUAAUGUGCAUUUCUACUCGCUGUCAAUUACCAGUACGUAUAACACGAAAGGUUCAUGCGUCAUUUACGCCAUCGUCGUCUUCACAGUCAUAAUCAUCAUUACCAUUAUCAUCAUCACCACCAUAACCCAGCGUAUGUCAAGUCAGCAGGCAGUGAGUAGUAGCGGCCACGAGGCAAGUGAGCAGCAGCAGGCAGACCCACUCAUGUUUUGUCGUCCGCUGAACAGAAACUCUUGUAAAGCACCUGCCCGGCUACAUCGCUCACCUGUCUUCACCUGGUUCACUUACUGUUAAUAUUCUUCAUAAUAAAUGCUUAAAAA